AUGGAGCUGAAGAAGGACAGCAACGCCGUAUCCAUCGACAUGCUGCUGAUCGUGCACUCGGAGAAGCGGCGCGCCGCACAGGGCGCGCACUCGGACCGCCAGGCGGACCCGGGCGCGCCUCCGCAGCGCAGAGGAGGGCUUCAAGGUGUUGGAAACGGAAUCCGGAGAUGGCAGAAAUUAGAAAGAAAUGACCUACAUGGAAACCUGGUGGAGAAGCAGCAGCCCCAGCAGCCCCAGGUCAUCACCUCCUACGACAACCAAGGGACACAGCUGACUGUGGAGGUCCACCCUCGGGAUGCCAUGCCCCAGCUGCUCAAGAAGUUCCCCUUGGCUAAACGUUUACAAGGCGAUAAAAAUGGAAACACAAGAGCCCGGCAGCCUGGAGGGAAAGACGCCCAUGCCUACCCCUGGGAUCGCUCCAGCCUGAAAUCCAUGCCCCUGGACCUGCGGCAGUUUGAGAAACUGGACACCUAUGCGUCACAGGUGACAGUCAAGAGCGGCCUGGACGCGCUGGUAAGCGACCUGCUCCAGGAGGCCCACAGUGACCUGGAGAGGGUCCGCGCCAUCUGGAUCUGGAUCUGCCACCACAUAGAGUAUGACAUCGAGGCCGCCCAGGAGAAGGACCGCCAGGCCUUCAAACCCACCACCAUCCUGCAGACCCAGAAGACCAACUGUGACGGCUACGCUGGGCUCUUUGAGAGAAUGUGCAGGAUCGCAGGCGUGCAGUGCAUGACCGUGCCUGGCUACUCCAAGGGCUUUGGCUACCAGCCGGGGCAGAGCUUCUCCGGGGAGUUUGACCACGCCUGGAACGCCGUGUUCCUGGAGGGGAGAUGGCACCUGGUGGACAGCACCUGGGGCAGCGGCCUGGUGGAUUCCACCACCUCCAAAUUCACCUUCCUCUACAAUGAAUUCUACUUCCUCACCCACCCGGCACUGUUCAUCGAGGACCAUUUCCCAGACAACAAGAACUGGCAGCUGCUCAGGCCUCCUCAGUCUCUGCGGCAGUUUGAGAAUAACAUGUAUCACAAGAGUGAGUUCUACAACAAGGGGAUGCUGAGCGCCCACCCGCAGACCUCCAUCAUCAAAACAGUGAACGGGAAGGUCACAGUCACCAUCGAGAGCUGCGCCCCGACGCUGUUCAUGUUCAUGCUCAACGGCAAGCAGGAGCACGGGCUGCUGAGCUUCAGGAAGAACGGGAUGAAGCUGGAUGUGUACCCUCCGACCGUGGGCACCCACAAGCUGCAGAUCUUCGCCAAGGGCAACUCGGAAAUCUACAGCUCAGUGCUGGAGUACACACUCAAGUGCCACUACGCAGACAUCGACGUCCGGCUGCCCGCGGAGCUGCACCAGCCCGUGGGGCCCAGCUGGUUCUCAGAGCAGAUGGGCAUCACGAAGCCGUCCCACCCCGAGCCCGUCAUCUACACCAGCGACGGGCGCUGCUCCGUCAGCUUCGGCGUGGAGGAGGGCAUCAGCGUCCUGGCAUCGCUGCACGGGGACGAUGGCCCCGUCACCGAGGAGACACAGCGGCGCUACAUCUUCCAGCUGCAGCGGGAGAAGCGGACGGAGCUGAAAGUCCAGGUGCCGCACGCCGGCAAGUUCGCGCUCAAGAUCUUCGUCAAGAAGAGGCAGGAGCCGGGCAACUACGUCUUCGUCUUCAAUUACCUCCUGUGCUGCACCAACAGCAAGGUGAACUGGCCCGUGUUCCCCGAGAGCUUCGGCAACUGGGGGCAAGACAACGAGCUACUGGAGCCCCUGUCGGGCGUGCUGCCCGCCAACCACAGCGUCCCGUUCAAGCUGAAGCUGCACGGCAUCGCCAAAGCCCUGGUAAAGGGGCAGGACACAUGGCCCCUGACCCUGAACCGCGAGGGCUACUGGGAGGGCCACUGCAGCACAGCCGGCUGCCAGGAGGUGUACGUCAUGGUGCUGGAGAAUGCCAACCACAACUUCUACUCCUACAUCCUGAAAUACGAGGUGGACGCCCAGUGA